AUGACUGAGUCGAAGGAUCAGGUAACCAUCCAGGCGACUGAUGCGAAUGUGCGCUCGUCGCAGUCGCAGUCCCAGGAUGCCUCGGUGGCGGUUGUGCAGACCUCUACCCCAGAGGACUCCGAGGUGCCGGCGGACCAGAUCGACGAGGAAAAGAAAGGCUUUUUGGCUUAUUUCAAAACCAAGGAGUUUUAUAUCACGUUGGCUCUAGGACAACUUCUCGCCAUUGCUAAUACCUCGACCGGCACCUUCACCACGCUUCUCGGGCUGCAGAAUUGGGCGAUCCCGGCGUUUCAAACAUUCUUGAACUAUGUGGUUCUGAACCUGAUCUUCACUCCAUAUACGAUGUACCGCUACGGCAUCAAGGGCUGGUUCCGACUGGUGUGGCGUGACGGCUGGAAAUACAUCAUCCUGGCUUUCUGUGAUGUGGAAGGCAACUAUUUUAUCGUGCUGGCAUACAAAUACACAACGAUGCUUAGCGCACAACUAAUCAAUUUCUGGGCCAUUGUCGUAGUGGUGGUGAUAUCGUUCAUCUUCCUGCGAGUGCGAUACCACAUCUCGCAGGUGCUGGGAAUCUUAAUCUGCAUCGGCGGCAUGGGCAUCCUGAUCGCGUCGGACCACAUCACGGGCACAAACGGCGGCAACGUCACGCACGGCAACCAGCUCAAGGGCGAUUUAUUCGCGUUGCUCGGCGCCUCGUUCUACGGGCUGACCAAUACGGCCGAGGAGUACUUCGUGAGCACGCGGCCCGUGUACGAGGUGCUGGGCCAGAUGUCGUUCUUCGGCAUGAUCAUCAACGGCGUGCAGGCCGGCAUUUUCGCCCGCGACGACUUCCACGCCGCCAUCUGGAACGGCAAAGUCGGCGGCUAUCUGACCGGCUACACGCUGUGUCUGGUGCUUUUCUACUGCGUGGCCCCGCUCCUCUUCCGCCUGUCUUCGGCGGCAUUCUUCAAUAUCUCCAUGCUCACGAUGAACUUCUGGGGUGUUUGCAUUGGCAUCGAGGUCUUCCAUUACCAUGUGCAUUGGAUGUACCCCAUUGCCUUUGUCCUCAUCAUCGUCGGUCAGCUCGUCUACUACCUCGGCCGUAGGGUCCUCGGUGAGUCUCGCAAGCCCUGGCUCGGCCGGAACCAGGAGCGCGGGAUUGCUGGCCUCUUUACUGCCAAGAAGAAGAUCGAGACUGUCACCCCUGCCGGUGCAGAUCCCCAUGAUCAUGACCCCGAACGGCCUCCUGCUGCAAAUACUAGCGCCGCCUAA